AUGUUUAAUUAAAUAAAUUAGAGAGAGAAGAAUGCAAUUGAAACACUAUUGAAUUUGAAUGAGGAUUCUCAAAAAGAAAUUGAUUAUGAUAGAGAAAUGCAACGUUUUUUGUUCAAACCUCAAUAAAAUACUGUUACAAGCAUUGUUCAAAAACCAAGAUCUUAAAUUCUUAAACUUAUUUGUCCAAAAUCUAAUUCAAACUUAUAAAGUUUUGAUUAUAGAGGUAGAUCAUUGGAAAAGUAAUCAGAAAGAAUCGUUGUUCCUAAUCAAUACAAACCGAAAUAUUUAUUAUAAUAAUUAAAAACUCAAAGGUAUUUACGUCAUGUAUCAGAACAUUAAACAAUUAAUGUACCAACAAUUUAAAUUGUGCAAUCUCUCUAAACAAUAAGUCUCAUAGAAAGAAAAGGUCUAACUUAAUAAAAGAUAUAUAGAAAGAAGGAUGUUUAAUUACCAAGAUUUAUAUUGAAAUCAAGAUAAUAGCUAUGA